UUCAUCAUUCUUAGUAUAACAGGAAUCAGAUACCACUUCGACUGUGGCUAUCUUCUUAGCGAUCGAUCGGCUCCAGUUCGACCAUGCGGGCUCUUUCGGCCCGUCGAUGGGCCUAUUUUGUUCUAUGGGCCACACUGGUCAGCUUCUGUCUGUGUGAUGAUUCGAAGAAGAGCGAUGUGUCUGUCAUCGUGGUUGGUUCCGGAGAAUGUGGCGACUGCAAGCAGCUGAAUAUCAAAAGUUCUGAUGCAUUUUCAGGUCUCCUUGUAGCAAUUAAUUGCAAGACCGUGAAUGGUGAGCUCAAGACCAGGGGCUUCAGUGAACUCGACAAGGAUGGAAAAUUCCACAUUGAACUUCCCAAUGAACUUGUGAAUAAUAAUGGAGAGCUAAGUGAGGAAUGCUUUGCGCAACUCCAUAGCGCAUCACACGAUCCAUGCCCCACCAUAGAAGGCCUAGAGCCGUCGAAGAUUGUACUCAAGUCAAAAGACAAUGGAGAGCACACGUUCGGCAUGACUGGAAAAUUAUCAUUCACACCAACAACAUGCGCGUCGGCUAUCCUCUGGCCCCUUUACAAAAAGCCAUUGGCCCCAUUUCCUAAAAUCCCUCCUAUCUACAAAAAGCCAUUGCCUCCUGUUCUCAAAUUCCCUCCUAUUUACAAAAAGCCAUUGCCUCCAAUUCCAAAGAUCCCUCCUAUUUAUAAAAAACCAUUGCCCCCCGUCCCCAAAUUUCCUCCCCUCUACAAAAAGCCAUUGCCCCCUAUUCCUAAGUUUCCUCCCAUCUAUAAAAAGCCAUUGCCUCCUGUUCCCAAAUUCCCUCCCAUCUACAAAAAGCCAUUGCCCCCUAUUCCUACAUUUCCUCCCAUCUAUAAAAAGCCAUUGCCUCCUGUUCCCAAAUUCCCUCCCAUCUACAAAAAGCCAUUGCCUCCUGUUCCCAAAUUUCCUCCCAUCUAUAAAAAGCCAUUGCCUCCUGUUCCCAAAUUUCCUCCCAUCUACAAAAAGCCAUUGCCUCCUAUUCCCAAAUUUCCUCCCAUCUACAAAAAGCCAUUGCCCUUGGUUCCCAAAUUCCCCCCCAUCUAUAAAAAGCCAUUGGCCCCAAUUCCCAAGAUCCCUCCCAUCUACAAAAAGCCAUUGCCCCCGGUUCCUAAAUUCCCUCCUCUUGGCGAAAAGCCAUUGGCCCCAAUUCCUGAGAUCCCUUCUAUCUAUAAAAAGCCAUUGCCCCCAAUUCCCAAAAUUCCUCCUAUGUACAAAAAGCCAUUGCCUCCUGUUCCUAAAAUCCCUCCUAUUUACAAAAAGCCAUUGCCCCCAAUUCCCAAACCCCCUCCUAUUUACAAAAAGCCAUUGCCCCCAGCCACUCCCUCCUUUUGGUGGUUCGUAUCCUCUUCCACCUCAUCUACCAACCCAUGAAGCAUCCCAAAAGCCAUAGUUCAUAAAUAAGAUGCUUUCCUAAUGUCUUUUCCAUUUGUGUUGUAAUAAAGUCUAUGUUAGAAAUAAAUGUAUGUAUGUGGCUUGGACUCCUGUGAUGGUUCAACAUCAUUUUAAAAUGUCACUGACUCAUCCUUCUCA